AUGAAGUGCAUUCAGUGGCAGAUAUACAAUCAUUACAAUUAGAUGAACAAGCUACACAGGUCGUAUUAUUUAAAUAAUGGCCUAUUUUGCAUUCUGAACAAUUAUUGGAGGAAGUUUCACAUAACAAGCAAGAUGAAUCGCAAUUUUCACAUUGUGAACCAUUAAGAUAAUAUCCAUUUUUGCAAGAUUAACAAUUUGUGUUUCCUGCAUUUUAACAAUUUUAACAUGGGUAUUCGCAAAGCAGGCAACUAGUAUCCUACAAAUAAUAUCCAAGGAUGCAUGAUUAACAGGUAUUUAUUGUAGAACAAUAUAAGCAUGGUUCUGAACAAUGAGUACAUGUGGAGCCAUUCAAAUAAUAUGAAGGUUAACAAGAUUGACAAUUAGUGGGGACACCAACACAUAAUGUACAAGAUGUAUCACAGGGUUUGCAUAUUUUAUCAGCACUAUCGAAGUAUUAUUUUUCUGGACAAGUACAAUUUGAACAAACUAUUAUUUUAUAAAAAUUUAUAAAUUACUUGCACAUUUGUUUUCUUCAUUAACCACAUAUCCAUCAUCACAACUUAAACAGGCUCCAGUUGUAUUAGCGCAAGUGAUGCAAUGUUGGUCGCACUAAGUACAAGUAAAUCCAUUCAAGUAGUAUCCGAUAUUACAUGAAGUACAUUUUGUAGCCAAAUCCACACAAGUUUUACAGUCAGUCGAGCAUACCUCACAGUCAUCACCAAAGUAUCCAGAAGCACAAGCAUGGCAUGUUAAAGUAUUGUUUAAGUAAUCACAUGUUGAUUCGCAUUUUGGAGGGCAACCUAAGAAUAAAACAAAUAAAUUACGUAGGCAUUUUGUUAUGUCAAGAUAAUAUUGAUCUUUGCAACUCGAGCAUUAAGUAACCUCUGGACCGUUGCAAAUAGCACAUUCUGAAGAACAUGAUAAGCACUUGGAUCCUUCAUAGAAAUACCCAUCAAAACAGGUUAAACAUAUCAAGCUAUUUUAGCAAUUUUUGCAAGGUGACUCACAAGCCUUACAAAUUUAUAAAUCCAAGUAGUAACCAUCUUUACACAUUGAGCAUUAAGUAUUUCCAGGUCCCGAACAUUCUGUGCAAGGAGAUUCGCAAGGAGUACAACUUUUAUUUGAAUCAUUGUGAUAAUAUUGAGCAACACAAUUUAUGCAAGCUGUCUCUGAUUCACAAUUAUCACAUGGUGAUAUGCAGUGAGAGCAGGAAUUAUUAAUCAAGUAGUAUUUUGGUUAACAAGAUAAACAAUGAGUUGCUUCAUUUUCACAAUUUGCACAAGGACUGUCGCAUGUAGCACAAACAGUGCCUUAUAAGAAGAAUCCAGGAGAACAUUAUUUGCAAAUACCAUCCAAAUAAUAAUUUUAUUGGCAAGAUGUACAUUCAGUAGCACUCGAGCAUUUUGUGCAUCCAUUUGGACAACUUAAACAAGAGCUUCCGCCAUCUGAGUAAUAACCAUCUGCACAAGAUUGGCAUUGAGUUUGAGAAGUGCAUGUUUUACAUUUAUUGUCACAUUUGAUACAAUUUUGGCUAUCAAACCAAUAUCCGGUGUUACAAGUAAUACAUUAAUUCUAAUUGGUGCACUCAGCACAUGGAGUAACACAGGGUAAGCAUUCAUUUCCUUCUAGGUAUUUUCCUUGAAGACAGGAUGUACAAUAUGCAGCACUAUUCAAACAUGACUUACAAUUUGUUGAGCAAUUAUAACAAUGUCCAGAUGAAUAGUAUUGAGUGAUUGUACAAGCUAUGCAAUGUCCAUUUUCUACUUGAUAAUUAUCAUCGCAUGAAGUGCAUUCAGUGGCAGAUAUACAAUCAUUACAAUUAGAUGAACAAGCUACACAGGUCGUAUUAUUUAAAUAAUGGCCUAUUUUGCAUUCUGAACAAUUAUUGGAGGAAGUUUCACAUAACAAGCAAGAUGAAUCGCAAUUUUCACAUUGUGAACCAUUAAGAUAAUAUCCAUUUUUGCAAGAUUAACAAUUUGUGUUUCCUGCAUUUUAACAAUUUUAACAUGGGUAUUCGCAAAGCAGGCAACUAGUAUCCUACAAAUAAUAUCCAAGGAUGCAUGAUUAACAACUACAAGUUUAAUCAUAAUCUUAACACAUUUUAUCAACUAAUUUAUUUAAUAUAUAGUCAUUACCACAACAAUUAUUAUUAAUCAAUUAAUAACCAAGUGAACAGAGCUAGCAUUUAUUAAUUCCAUUAUUACAAUCAAUACAUCCUUAUGAGCAAGCUAGAUAAUCAUAACACAUUUUUACAUAAGCAUAGAUUCUCCCCUAAAAUGUAUCCUUCAAUACACUCUAUACAAUAAAUGUUUAAAUCGUCACAUUAACGACAUUUGUUAUUAUUUACACAAGGUACUUAGCACAAACCCUCCUUAAUAGUCUAAAUAAAAAUGAACAUAAAAAUUAGAUUCCUUUUCAUAAAUAUUAAAAUAAUUAAUUGUAUUUAAUCAAUAAUGCAUGA